UCGAUUAAAACGUCUUGGGCUCGCCCGUCACUACUCUAUUCCGCGCACACCUUUGGCUGUCAAACGAGAAUUUUGCUUUUUAUGCAAAAAAAAAUCCAAUUGGAAGUCGAAAAUCGCCACCGAAAAACUACGAAUUCUUAAAAAUCAGUUAUAAAAAAGUUGAAACAAAUAUGUACGAAUUAAAAACACUUUUGCCGGAACAUGAUAUAAAAUUACCAGCUUGCAUGUAUCCGAUGAAAGUGCUCAACGCUUCGUUGGCAGCCACUCCUGCAAAAGCUAACGCAAGCAGCGGUUUUUGUAAUGGCAAUUAUUCUAUCGCCACGUCCGCUAUCAACUCCUGUGGGCCGAAGAAAAAUGGGUGCGUGCUUGAUUUGGACAGUUUAAGUGCACAAAUUCAGACUUUACUCAAGUCAUCAAAUGAUGCCUCAUCCGUUACCACUCGACAAGAAAAAGUUUUAAAGCAACUACAGGAAUUAAAACAACAGAUGGCCAGCAUACGGGCCACUCUGGGUCUUUGUCAAAAGGGAUCGGAGCACUCUGUGCAACAAAGUUUGCAGAAUGGGGGCUUAUUAGAGGAACCUCUACAUGAUAUAGUCAUUAAUGGACAUCCUAACUUCAUACCUUAUGCUUUGUUAGCGCUAAAGAAUGCCUGGAAAGAUCUCUUUACCAUUGACGUGAAAACAUUUAAGCACUCUACUAUGCCAGAUAUUGGCAAAGAGGCUGCCGAUUUUGAGAAGAAAUUAGCACAAGUGAAGGUUGAUCCAUCAAAGCCAAAAGUGAAUGUGUCGUUGAUUUGGAAAAAUUGUGAACAUACUGAGAUGAUCAGCUCGCCCACCAUGUAUGUGCCCAUCUACGGCGAAGUAAAUAUUGUUAGAUAUUUGGGUCGUGUUGGCCCACCUGCUUACCGCUAUGAAGACUCGCCAAACUGCAAUGAAAUCGAUGCUGUACUUGACAUUUGCUACCAGCUAUUACGUUGCACGAGCAAGAGUCGCGCUGCAAUGCUGCGUGAACUUAACCUACGGUUGGAUAAACAAAAAUAUUUUAGUGGCGAUGAAAUAUCAAUUGCAGAUAUUGGAGUACACAGUUCGCUGAAACGCUUGCCCGCCAUAACAGCGAGGGACCUCACACCGACUUUAACCGAAUGGCGAAAACGUGUACAACUUAUAGCGCAAUUGUAAAGAAUAAAAACUAUGCAGAUUUACGGCUAUAUUAUUAACGAAAACGAAGUGUAGUUUUGGUAAAAAAGUUGACUUUAUUUGCAAAUUAAAAAUGCGCAUUAUGCAUACAUAUGUA